AUGAUUGGCCAGUUGGAAAGCCGUGAGCGGGAGAAAAACAAGACAGUUCGACCAUCGGUUUCGAUGAUGUCCACCGUGUGCCCCACCGCUGCAGCUGCAACGGUACGCACCCGCAGCACUCGCGAGAAGCGCAGCGUCGUGAUUGGCGCCCGCAGUAGGUCCACUACGUGUGUGCUACGUGAUAAAUCUUGAAAGUAUUUUUAAAAAUCGAGACCACUGUACUCUUUUACCAGAACCUCGUCAGGGUUAAUAAUGUUUUCUGUUACACGAUAGUCUCUUAUCAAUCAAUCUAUCAGAACGGCACAGUAGCUGUGACAACGCGGUUCUGUAGCAGUGCAUGAACCUCUUUCAAUUUCAACACUAUCAAACCGUCAAUUCUGUUCUGCCUUGUCAAAAAUCUCAGAAUUUGAAAGCGAGCUGACAAGAGAGGAUUGCGUUUUGAGACUGCGAACUGUCAAAAAGUAUUAUCUAUAAGAAAUACGGACAUUAGUAUGGAUACGUCCGGUUUUUUAGCCUUCAUCAGCUGGUGAUAUUCCAAUCUCAGGUGCUGGCACACCCUACAAGGUUUAUUCCAGUGUCUUUCUGUUUUGCUCUAAAAUUCCCAGUCAUUAAUCGCCGGCCGCCGUGCAAACACCUGUGUGGCGUGUCGAGUCACACUUACAAGCCCAAGAGGAAUCGACCGUGUCCCGGCCUGAAACUGGGAUAGAUGCUAAAAUUCCUUCAAUUUCUGCAACCACUGCAGAAUUAUUCAUAUCUGCUACCGCCCGCGUGCUGGCUAAAGCAGUGGAGUUAAGUUCCAAUAUGAGAUAGUGGACUUAUCUGCAUUAUUUACAUUGGCCCAAUCUCUCAAGAAAGUUCGUGGCUGAGUAACACUGAAGAAGUAAAGAAAUAGUGCACAUCUAUAUCCGGAGACGUCCUCGGCUGUUGAAAAACUGAUUGCAUUUUAGGCACUACAAAUACCGUGGAAAGUUCCAUUUAGAAGGGGGCAAUGAUGAUGAUGAUGAUGAUGGUGGUGGUGGUGAUGAUGAUGAUGAUGAUGAUGAUGAUGAUGAUGAUGAUGAUGAUGAUGAUGAUGAUGAUGAUGAUGAUGAUGAUGAUGAUGAUGAUGAUGAUGAUGAUGAUGAUGAUGAUGACGGAUCUGUUCUGUACGACAUCCUGAGUUGCCGUUGCACGCAGGCGUGUGCUGACAGUGUUAAGUUAUAUCCGAGACAGUGA